CUUCGUGGACCGCAGCUGUGACAGGCAUUGCUGAUGGGUCGACUGGCUUGUAACGCAACUCAACCGCCUCCCGAAAAUUCCGUUGCUGCAUCCACCUGUCGAUGGCAAGGUUACAUCCCACAACCCGGCAUCCUGCAACUGGGGCCGCAACACAUGGCCACACCAGAGAAGACCGAUAGCUUUUGGGGUGGAAAUUUCAUAUCAGGUCCCUCUCGAACUAGGGCUUUCUGGCCAAAACACUGCAGAUAUCCAUCUCAAAGCAUCACUCUGGAGUUUACUUUACUUCUUACUGAUCAAGCGAAUCUUACUCUUGUUCGACGGUAAGAGAGCCUCAUGCCCUAGAAGUCUUUUACAACAGCCUCUCUGCUUCAGACAGAAUUCUACCAUGAGGUCUUUCGCAUCACUGAUUCUUGCCGCCGUGUCCAUUGCGAGCGUCCAGCAGCAUGACGUCGCUGCCGCCCCCACGAAUGGAACUCACACAGGAUGCUGCAAAAACCCUCUUGUCAGACAUGAGUGGCGGCAGCUAUCCCUAGACCAACGCCUAGAGUACAUUCGAUCUGUCAAGUGCCUGAUGUCUCUGCCAUCUGAGGGAAACGACCUCUGGCCCGGUGCAGUGUCUCGAUUCGAUGACUUCCAGGGUAUGCAUAUUUACAUGACACAGAAGGUGCACUUCAACGGACCAUUCCUCCCAUGGCAUCGCUGGAUGCUUUACUUGUACGAGUCUGAGCUACGCAACAAGUGCUCGUACAAAGGCGCACUCCCGUAUUGGGAUGUAAGCCUGGAUAACACUGCCGAGACCUUCGUCAAAUCUCCCGUGUUUGACAACGUCUAUGGCGUCGGUGGCAAUGGGCCAUACAUCGAAGACGUGAGCGAUAAGGAUGAGUUCCCAGUUCAAAAGCCGAUAACAAUUCCGGGUAGAAGCGGUGGCGGCUGCAUCGUUGAGGGACCUUUUGCGAACCACACCGUCCCCAUGGGCCUUGGAUACUCGGUCACCUCAACACCCCACUGCCUCCGCCGCGACUUCAGUCUGCCCAUCAUCACAAGCGCCCUUCGCGAUGAGGUCAUUAACAAUACUCUUUCAGCGGACUCGUUCUUUGAAUUCAACCUGGCCAUUCAGGGGUACAGCAUGCAGGUCAACGGCAUGACUCUUCAUGCAGGCUUGCACAUUGGCAUUGGCGGCGCAGUCGGCGAUUGUGCUGACAUGUACUCGUCCCCCGGAGAUCCCGUAUUCUACUUCAUCCAUGGCGCCUUAGAUAAGGUUUGGAAUGACUGGCAGCGUAAAGACUGGCCUGCGCGGAAGACGGAUAUCGGCGGCCCAGAUGUGAUAUUCGGCUAUCCGUUCAACUAUACCACGAAUCCCACCUACGAGAACAUCACUCUGCAGUAUCCCCUGUCUUACCCUAAUUUUGGCGAGGAAAUGAUCAUUGCUGAUAUGAUGGAUAUCCACGGGGGCCCUUUCUGCUACGAGUACAAAUGAUGAGAGCUAGGAACGACCUAGCCUACAGACAAUGAAAAUGCUAGUGCUGUAGCGAGGGCACACCUCACAUCAGAUACAUGACCAGUGUAUUUGCCUUAAGUAGUAAUA